AUGGUCGGUUUCGAGAGGCGCUGUACCAGUUCGUCUAUCAACAGCGAGCGACGCCGCUAUUGGGGUGGCUCCGAACCACGAUCUUCGGUCACAUCCCAAGCCUCACAAAUGGCGCAGACCUACCGUCGGGACACCGGCCAGCCCAAAGCCGGCGUCGUGAUCACUUCCUUCAGACAAUCGCACAGAAGGAGCAGUACGUCGACGGCUGCCGCCGCUUUCGCUGUCGCUACAUCGGCUUCGUCGAACCCCCGCUCACCCCCGCCCACCUCACCACCACAUAACAGACGCGACUCGGUCAUUUCUACUGCGGCGACGAUGCGAGUGCUCAACGUGCUAAGGCAUUGGAUAUCUAAGCACUCAUCAGACUUCUGGUCCGACGAGCGUCUGCGCGGCCUCACCAUGGACUUCCUCAAGGAGAUCGAAGGCAGCCCGGGACUCCUUCCUGCGGAGCAUAAGGCCGCGGCGCAACUGCUGCGCCUUUUGGAACGCGCCCCGGACAGGGCUAUUGACUUGAAAGCCAUAUUCGCCCCCCCACCUGUGCCAACGAAGGAAAGCAUUGAAACCCUCUCGGCGUUGGAGAUCGCCGAACAGAUGACAUAUUUGGACUAUCAGAUCUUCAGCUCUAUCCACAGCGAGGAGUUCUUGGGGCAGGCGUGGACGAAGGCGGACAAGGCGGACCGCGCGCCCCACAUCCUGAUGAUGACCGGCCACUUCAACCACAUUUCCAACCUGGUCAUAUCAGAAAUUUUGAAGAAGGUCACUCUUACAGGCCGAGUGGCGUCGAUAGAGAAAUGGGCGGCCGUGGCAGACAUAGCUCGCUGCCUGCACAACUUCAACGGCGUCCUGCAGAUAUGCGCCGCGCUGUCCAACACCUCGAUCUACCGUCUGAAGAAGACGUGGGAGAAAGUGUCGAAGACGAGCAAGCAGACGAUCGAAAAAAUGCAAACGAUAAUUUCUUCGGAGUGCAGAUUUAGGAUUUUGAGGGACGCUCUGCACAGAUGCGAUCCGCCGUGCAUACCUUACUUGGGCAUGUAUCUCUCUGACCUCUCUUUCAUCGAGGAGGGCACAUCCAAUUACACUCCAGAUGGGCUCCUCAAUUUCUCCAAAAUGAGAAUGGUGUGCGACUUCCUGCUGGACCGGUCGCUGAUCAUCCCCGAGGAGCGGCAGUACACGCUGUCCCUGGAGCUGGAGCCGCGGCCGUCGCGGGGCUCCGCGGGGGGGCUGCACCCCGCGCCCGCCUCCCCCGCCUCGCCCGCCGCCCAAAGGCGGCGCCGCGCCUCCCUCGCCGCGUUGGCGCCUCUGCGCACCGAACGA